GAAUACGUCAACAAGCUGCGCCGGCUAAUUCAAAGUUUUGCUGUGUAAUCAGGGCAGGUGACUCGUCUGCAGUUUUCCUGUGUUUUCAGUAAUAUUUCACCUUUUACUUGUUGGAAACAAUGGAGUAUUUAAUCGGAAUUCAGGGGCCGGACUUUGUGCUCGUCGCUGCCGAUAAUGUCGCUGCCAGCAGCAUCAUUCAGAUGAAGCACGACUACGACAAGAUGUUCAAGCUGAGCGAGAAGAUUCUGCUCCUGUGUGUCGGCGAGGCCGGAGACACGGUGCAGUUUGCAGAGUACAUCCAGAAGAACGUCCAGCUCUACAAAAUGAGGAACGGGUACGAGCUGAGUCCAGCAGCAGCAGCAAACUUCACACGGAAGAACCUGGCAGACUACCUGCGGAGCCGGACCCCGUACCACGUGAACCUGCUGCUGGCGGGUUACGACGACGCCGACGGCCCCGGGCUCUUCUACAUGGACUACCUGUCGUCUCUGGCCAAAGCUCCCUUCGCUGCUCACGGUUAUGGAGCCUUCCUCACCCUGUCCAUCCUGGACAGAUACUACAGACCGGACCUGACUCGAGAUGAAGCCGUGGAGCUGCUGAAGAAGUGUGUGGAGGAGCUGAACAAACGCUUCAUCCUGAACCUUCCCUCCUUUAACGUCCGCUUGAUUGACAAGGACGGCAUCCACGACAUGGAGAAGCUGUGCGUGGGUGCCAAGUGACCGCCGGUGGUCCACCGCUCCGCCACCGCGCCGCCCCUCACUCUGUUUGUACCGCUGACCUUUCUGCUGUUUGUGUUCCAAUAAAAGCCUG